GGGGCGUCGAGGUCUUGUGCAGCCUCCAAGACGGUGCUGCCGAGAUCGUGUCGGCAAUGGAGAGAGAAGAGCUGGACCUCCAGGCCCUUUUUUGGUUUGCGCUGCCGGCUCAGCCGCACAUCUGGCAGCCCCUUGGCAGACGCGGCGACUAUGUGAUCUUUCCGGCACAGUGGCACCCGACGGUUGUAUAUGACGAUCCUGUGGUCAACUCGACGGCGCUGCUCGAGGACUGGCGCGCGUGUUUUGACACCGAUACUGACAUUUCGUACGUCCAAGCGAUGGCCUUGCUCCCACUACACUUCCUCAAGCUGACGAUGGAGAUGCUCAAUGUGUGGACAGACGACCCCAUUGUCAACGCGGUGGGUCGGCUCGGUGCAGAGAAGUGACACGAUGCGGGUAUACGCAGGUUUGAUUUGGGUUGGUUUGCCUGUUGCUAGGAUCGUUUAUUGUGGGAGCUGUCUCGCAACGAGGUCCCCACUUUCAUGGGCCCCGUACGGUUGGAUCGCUACAACCGCAAUAGCGGCACGUCAGCUGUUCUCGUGCAGCAACAGAACCAAAAGCAGGUGGGUGGGCUACUUUGGCGUCCAUCUGGAUGGACUUGGUGAUAUUCUGUCUCCAAUCUUCCUUGACACAAACAGCAUGCCGUGCUGCCGGUUGAAUCAGCAAGCAGUGAGCUAGUGUGGCCGCUGCCCACGUGGGAGGUGAAGAGGGGCUGUCCGCCGGGCAAGUACAUCCACGAGGCAAGAGAAUGCCUCCCGUGUCCACCCAACUCCUUCAGCGUCUCAGUCAAUGCCGAGAGAUGCUCACUCUGUCCACUCGGUGAGACACAAAGAGGAAUGAUGCAGCUAAGCAAGGAGACACGGUGACUUUUGGCGUUUUUGACUCGUUCAGGCCACGGCCAGCCCCGGGAAGGACAAACGAAAUGUGUCAUGUGUGCAUUUGGAUAUGGGAAUAUCGGUGGAACGCUUGAUGGAUGCCGCCCCUGCUUGCGAGGCUCUUAUUCUGACUUCUACGGCACUUGCAUCUGUCUCAAGUGCGACCCGGGGACCUACGCAGACACCGAGGCUUCCAUUGCAUGCACACGUUGCCCUGAGGGAGAAACCACUCUCGCAGAAGGAUCCGGUCGUCCGAGCGACUGCACAUGCCAGUCGGGCUUUUAUCAGCAGCCUGCCGCGAACAUUUCGUCUAUUGCUGACCCCCGUCGCCUGGAUGCAGGAAUGCAGGCGGCGCUAGCCCUGGAGAACAGCACAGAGCACCUGGUGCGCGGCAGGUGUGCUCCUUGCCCCGAUGGCUGCAGCUGCCCAGGCAAGCUGAGAGCCGACGGGAGAUCGAUCGAUCACCUCAUUCAUGUCCAGUUCCCGGCACACUGGCCUGUGUGUCGCUGCUUCUGCAGGUGGCGAAAAACCACCGAGCAUUCUUCCGGGCUACUGGCUCCCCCCGCCGAGCUCUAUGGAUCGAGUCCACCUGAUUGAUAAGCAGAUGGAGCAAGAGAUCACCGACCUGCCUUCAUUACCGGGCUUCGAGCCCAGAUCGGUGAAUGCCAGCACGCCACCAGCGAGCGAGGUGAAUGUGUCGGAUGGCGUCGUCGCGGACCCUGUCGCCCUGUCGUACGAGGCCGACACCGCGGCCCAGCUGCUAACGCUAUCGACAUUCAGCAACGUAUCAGCUGUGGCGGCGUCGCUGCCGUUUCGCGUCAAUCCCACUCUUCUGCCCGACACUGCGGCAAACGAUACAGAAGAAGACGACACCAACGAGAGAGGCAUGGACAUUCUGCUGUCCUUGAGGCGGCACCUUCCUUUCAAGUGCGUGCCACCUUCAUCGUGCCCUGGCGGAGAUGCCGGCGCCUGUGCCGCCAAUCGGGAGGGGCUGGUAUGCGGCAGGUGCUCGAAAGGCAGAUUCGACAGCAGAAGAGAGGAUGGUUCUGUAUGUCACCCUUGUACUUUUCGCCUGUCCUUCCCUCUGGUGGGUCACAGCACGGGGCGGGCCGACCGCCCAGCCCAUACCGUCUCGCGACCAUCUCUGUACUUGCCUCUCAGGCCGUUUUCCUACUGCUCUGCGUCAUGUUGCCCUGCGCUGCUCUGCUGGUGAGGCCAACACGAAUUGCCACAAACACAUGAAUUUUUCCGCUUCCCUGCCACAGAUUUGGUUUGCUAAUGGCCAAGUGUGGCGAAACGGCAACUCAGUAUCAUUCCUGUUCACCUCGUUCCAGCAGCUCGGCAUGGUCACCUCUGUGUGCGCCGCCCUGCCCUUCUCGGUUGCGCGAGUCUUUAGUCUCUUCCGUUUGAUGCUCUUUGAUGGCUCGCCCGUCGGCCUGUGUCUCGCCUGCCAUGGGCUGGAUACUUUUCAGUCGCAACACAAUUUCUUACUAUCUAUGCCGCUGUUCCUUGUGGCGGCCCUGGUGAUCAUCUAUGCGGCGUCGCAGGUCUGAGUGAGACGCUGGGAGUGAGGAAGACGCAGAUGAUGCUCGGCUGUGUCCAUUGCAGGUGCUUCAUAGGCGCGAGAGUGGGGAGUGGCGGCUGGUGCUCCUGGGACGGUGCCUUGUGCUGCGCCCACUGACCAUACACACGUGAGUGCCACCAGCGGACAGACCUAAAUCACAUUUGUCACAUUGGUGGACUGACAGGUGCUGGCGUCUCUCAUCCUGAUGUUCCACAUGCUCAUGAUUACCCUUGCCCGGAUCGCCCUCAUCCCAUUCGACUGUUAUAAGCACCCCAACGGCUACUCGUCUGUCCGCGAGUUCCCCCACGUCCUUUGUGGCCUCCAUGGGGAGGCGGCCAUCUGGCGGCAGCACCUGUGGGUGUCGUACAUCGGCCUGGGGGCUUAUUGCGGGUCGGUUGUCAUUAUGACGACACGGUUUGCUCUCGCCGCAAACAGAAGGGGCGACGAAACGGGUACCGACAUUUGCACAUCCGCGUCACUGUCUGGCUCACGUGCCUGUGUUGCUGCGAUUUUCAGGAUUCAAGGAGGUCUACGGUCACUUCAUGGACAAGUUUGCAGGUGGCAAGUAUUGGUGGUCCGUCGUAUGGAUGGCGCGCAACCUUUCGCUGGCCCUCACAGUGACGCUGCCUCACGGCAGCAUCCAGAAGGUGUUUGUGGCUUCGCUGACGACGGUCUAUCUGGUGCUGCUCAUAUUUGUCUUGCCGUGGAAGAGGCCCACGGAUGUGUACGUGGACGGGUCGACCAACGCCAUAUACCUACACAUUCUGCUGAUCAGUGGCCUCAGCUCACAGGGAGAUCACAAAAACGAGCAACAGGGAAAGAUGCUCGGUGAGCCGGGACGGAGAGGAUCCCACAGAGACAUACAUCCAUGCACGCGAUGGAUGCAUAACGCAACGCGUGUGUUGGGAUUUCUGUGUAUCCCAGUUGUCCUUUUGACGGUGUCGGUGGUUCUCAUGCAAGGCAUUAUCCUCGGGCGGCUCGCAUUGGUAAGGGUGAAAAGGCGGACAACCACAUGCUACAUGCGCAUACUAACAUCGUGUCUCUGACCUUCUUUUGGAACAGAGUGGCUUGGCCAAGUGCCGUGGUUUGCGACAACGCAGCAAACAGAUUACUCAGUCCGACACAUCCCUCGACGUCACAAACGAUACCAUAGGCCCCUACGACCCACAAGAGACACAAGAGAAUCCUCUUGAAGAAAUGACGACUCAUGAUAAGGGCAAGUUGAAGGCAGGCCGCCGGUCCCAGUCAGUGAGGAGUUUCGCCACUACCACCUGCACACGGCACGGCAGCAGCAGCAGCAGCACCUCGCUACUCCUGGCUCCCGCAGACAGCAUGCCAUGCAGCAGCAAGGAGUGCGACACGGAUCUGGCUCAGCCACCCGCUGCGGCGGAGGCCACAGUUGGCCAGCAGCAGCCACUGUCACUAGCGCAGAGGUCCGAGAGCCCAUCUUCCUGCUCAUCGUCUUCAUCGUCGGGCAACGAGGAUGAGAUCGAUGUUGUCAUCCCGCCUCCCAUCGUCACACCACCAUCAGACGAAUGUCCACUGGCACGGGCAGACUCAGCCGAUGUGUGUGAGGCUGAGGACAACGAGCCGCCGGCUCAGGCCAACAGGCCUUGGCUCACUGUGGUUGGGGAGGUCCGCUUGAUGGCCUCUCGCAUACCCAGCAUGACGCCAUCGACGGCCGCUGAUUCCACUGGAGCGGCCAGAACACAAGACGCUUGAAUGAAUAGAAAAACCCCCGGCUGCAGUGUGUGUGCGUGUGCAAUUUUGCAUCUCUGUUGCCCGACAUUCGGACGUUGUGUGUGUCUCGGUUGCGAGAAUCGACUUUUUGUCCGUGGCUGUGCAUUCUGUAUGUGCAAGGCAACAGCCUCUGAUAGAGAGGCUGCAGUUCCUUCCUUCUGUUUCUCGGGAGGGAAGGAGGCAUGCGGGCGGGGAGUUCUUAUUACUCCUGUGUGUGUGUGUGGUGCUGAUGCGACUCGACCAAACGCGAUGCAGACUUCUGGCUGCAUGAGAC